GCACAAUAUCAGCUAACGUCAGGGCUUUGCUGUUACGAUGACUUUGUGUUUUCUACUCAUCAAAUAGCAAUUGAAGUGUAGUUGAAGCAGAGCUUAGUUGUUUUACAAAUUCAAUAACAAAAUGGGUCAAAACCAGUCGGGUGGUGGAGGAGGUGGCGAUAAAAAGGAUGACAAGGACAAAAAGAAGAAAUAUGAGCCACCAAUUCCAACUCGUGUCGGCAAGAAGAAGCGCAAGGCAAAGGGACCAGACGCUGCAAUGAAAUUACCGCAAGUAACACCGCAUACAAGAUGUCGAUUAAAGCUGCUAAAACUGGAGCGGAUAAAAGAUUACCUGCUGAUGGAAGAAGAAUUCAUUCGCAACCAAGAACGACUGAAGCCACAAGAUGAGAAAAAUGAAGAGGAACGUUCGAAAGUCGACGAUUUGCGUGGAACACCCAUGUCGGUCGGCAAUCUCGAAGAAAUCAUCGACGAUAAUCAUGCUAUUGUCUCGACAUCCGUGGGAAGUGAGCACUACGUUAGCAUUUUAUCGUUUGUCGACAAAGACCAACUGGAGCCUGGCUGUUCGGUAUUAUUGAACCACAAAGUGCAUGCGGUUGUUGGUGUUUUGGGUGAUGACACCGAUCCAAUGGUAACCGUUAUGAAGCUUGAAAAAGCACCACAAGAAACAUACGCUGAUAUUGGUGGUUUGGAUACACAGAUCCAAGAGAUCAAAGAAUCCGUCGAACUGCCAUUAACGCAUCCAGAAUACUACGAAGAAAUGGGUAUCAAACCGCCAAAAGGUGUUAUUUUGUACGGCAGUCCGGGCACUGGUAAAACUCUACUAGCCAAAGCCGUCGCCAAUCAAACAUCGGCCACAUUUUUGCGUGUCGUCGGCUCCGAACUGAUUCAAAAAUAUCUGGGUGAUGGACCAAAAUUGGUGCGUGAACUGUUCCGUGUGGCUGAAGAGCAUGCCCCGUCCAUUGUGUUCAUCGAUGAAAUCGAUGCGGUCGGCACAAAGCGUUACGAUUCAAACUCAGGUGGUGAACGUGAAAUUCAACGUACUAUGUUAGAGUUGCUUAAUCAAUUGGACGGUUUUGAUUCGCGUGGCGAUGUCAAGGUGAUUAUGGCAACAAAUCGUAUCGAAACAUUGGAUCCGGCUUUGAUUCGACCAGGUCGUAUCGAUCGUAAAAUUGAAUUCCCGCUACCCGAUGAGAAGACAAAGCGUCGCAUUUUCACAAUUCAUACAUCACGAAUGACACUGUCGGAUGAUGUAAACCUCAGCGAAUUGAUCAUGUCAAAGGAUGAUUUGUCUGGUGCCGAUAUCAAGGCCAUUUGCACCGAAGCUGGUUUGAUGGCGUUGCGAGAACGACGCAUGAAAGUCACCAACGAAGAUUUCAAAAAGUCCAAGGAAAGCGUUCUCUAUCGAAAGAAAGAAGGCACUCCAGAAGGUCUAUACCUAUAAAUUGAUUUCAUCCUAAUUCUCCUGUAAUCUUGAUUUUGUUUCUUUCUUUUUCAUGAAUAUUUAAUAAACAAUAAUACACACGAGUUCUUAUACUUAAUAUAAAAA